GCAGAGGGAGAAGCAGGCUGCCUGCUGAGCAGGGAGCCUGAUGCGGGGCUGGAUGCCAGGACCCUGGAUCAUGACCUGGGCUGAAGGCAGACACUUAACUGACUGAGCCACCCAGAUAGCGCCGAGGCUGGGUCUGCGGACAGACGGACACCGAGAUCCUGCUGCUGCGGACGCUCAGCCUUCCCUGAUUCAGGUACAGCCAGGAUUCUAGGACCGGCUGUUCCUUCCAGCCAUGGCGAUGGGGGCAAAUAAUUCCUCUCGCGUGGACUCUGAGUUCCGAUAUACCCUCUUCCCGAUUGUUUACAGCAUCAUCUUUGUGCUGGGGUUCAUGGCCAACAGCUAUGUGCUGUGGGUCUUCGCCUGCCUGUACCCUUCCAAGAAAUUCAAUGAGAUAAAGAUCUUCAUGGUGAACCUCACCAUGGCUGACCUGCUCUUUUUGGUCACCCUGCCCCUGUGGAUCAUCUACUACCACAACCAGGGCAACUGGAUUCUCCCCAAAUUCCUGUGCAACCUGGCUGGCUGCUUUUUCUUCAUCAACACCUAUUGCUCCGUGGCCUUCCUGGCUGUCAUCACUUACAACCGUUUCCAGGCGGUGACCCGGCCUAUCAGGACAGCUCAGGCCACCACCCGCAAGCGCGGUUUCUCCGUGUCCCUGGUCAUCUGGGUGGCCAUCGUGGCGGCAGCGUCCUACUUCUUCGUCCUGGACUCCACCAACGUGGUGCCUGACAAGACCGGCGCAGGCAACGUCACACGCUGCUUUGAACAUUACGAGAAGGGCAGUGUGCCCGUCCUCAUCAUCCAUGUGUUCCUCGUGUUCAGCUUCUUCCUCGUCUUCCUCCUCAUCUUCUUCUGCAACCUGGUCAUCAUCCGCAGGCUGCUCAGGCAGCCGGCGCAGCUGCAGCAAAACGCGGAGGUCAAGCGCCGUGCUCUGUGGAUGGUCUGCACGGUCCUGGCCGUGUUCAUCAUCUGCUUCGUGCCCCACCACAUCGUGCAGCUGCCCUGGACGCUGGCUGAGCUGGGCUUCCAGAAUAACAGCUUCCAUCAGGUGAUCAACGAUGCCCACCAGGUCACCCUCUGCCUUCUUAGCACCAACUGUGUCUUGGACCCCAUCAUCUACUGUUUCCUCACCAAAAAGUUCCGCAAGCACCUCUCUGAGAAGUUCUACAGCAUGCGCAGCAGCCGGAAGUGCUCGCGGGCCACCUCGGAGACUGGCACGGAAGUGAUCAUGCCGCUCAACCACCUCCCUGUCCCUUCCCUCAAAAAGUAGUCGCUGACUGUUGGGGCCAGGCCCAGAGCUUUCUCCUCUGUGGACAUCGGGGGACUGACCUGGGGGAUGAAGGGGUCUCUGUUGUGGCCUGGGUACAAGUGGCCCCUUCAGUAUGGAGGCUACCUCACCAAGGGGAAGGGGAUGAUGGCGGGCCCAGAUUGCGGGGAAAUCCAGGACUUGAAUGUGCCCCCUUCGGCCACAUCGGGGCACACGUAGCAUAACCUUGGCUUGCAUCCUCAUCCUGAAUACCUGAGUCUGAGAGCUCUCCAGGGAAUGGCAGGGCCGGGGGCAGACCUUGGGGGCAGAUUCUGAGCCGCCCUGUUCACCCUCCCAAGGCAGCCACCCUGAGUCAGUAUAGACUGAAGUUUAGGGCAACUACUGCCUUUGCUACUAUAAAGGCAGAGAAGAGGGUUUUGGGGAAAGGGAUCCUUCCCUGGUUGUCUGGUGGUGUCUCCGGGGAAGACUUUUGAGCUAGGAUAGUGCCAUCUUCUCUCCAUUCAGAGGCACAAGAUCUUUGUGACACGUGACUCAUUGGAACCUUUGCCCACUCAUCCAACAGCCUGUCCUGAAUGGUGCCAGAGAAUGUAAGACAUUCACAGGUCAAAAGGUAGGAGAGGGAGGUUGUCUCGGGAGGCAAAUGUGUCUGUCUCCACAGGUCUUGCCUCAGGCUUCAUUCAUCAGCUCUGGGGGAGUGGGAGAGGCAUGGUCACACCUAUCUGUCUCAACAGUGGAUCCUGAUGAAUUACCUCCUGCAAGGCAGGUCCCCGCUCAAAGGGCAGAGACCCCUUGAAGCCAGAUUGGGAUAAUCGGCAGCUCCACACUGCUCAGAGUUUCCAUGAGAAAGUGCACCUGGGUGGAGAAGCACCUGUGUGGGCGGGGCCUCCAGAGUGGGAGGAGCCUGUCAGGUCUCACCUACCACUUAGCUUUCUGGGGCAGGGAGGUGGGCUGGCGGUGGAGGAGCCCUCCUAAUUUAGCUUCUACAAGGUGAGAAGAGCAGUUAUAGUCCCAAGGGCCAGGAGGCACUUUGAAUUUUGAGUGCAGAAGAGAGGUCUCUCUUCUCUUGAAGACCUCUAGAUGGCUUUUUGUCAUUUUUGGCAAAUAUAUCCAGAUGAGCUUUCGCUCACACUCUGAGAACCUGCAGUGUGAAUCUGGUAGCCACAGACCCUCCUUGCUCAGAGAAGCCUUCCCUGGUUUCCAGAGCCCCGUAGUUCUUCUGAAACAUCGUCCUUCCUUCCAGCCACGUCUCCGUAAAGUGAGAUCCUUGUUUCCUAUUUUUCCUAUCUACCGGGCGGAUUUUGACAAAUGCUUCCCCAUGGGCCAGUAACCUGCUUGGGUCUGGGAUUGUAGCUGAGGCUGAACUCAGCCGAUGGUGACUAGGUGGAGAUUGCAGCAGGAUCGAGCUUUGGUGUCACACGGACCCAAGUUCAAGUCUUGGCUUUGUCACUUCCACCCAAGGGAUUGUGAGCUGAAUUUCCUACCUCAUAGGGUUGUUAGGUGCCAUGAAUACUAAGGCAGAUACCUCUCGGUCAUGAUGAUUGCUUGUCCCAGAUUCUCCCAUUUUCUGAGAAUGCAUUCCCCUUUAUCCUCUGACAGGAGCUGAAUGGAUGAGACGUGAGGAUCUGGCUCUACUUGGGCCAGUCAAGUUCUCUGUCUCAGGAAUAAGCAGCCGGGCUCAGAGGUGCUGUUUUAGGCUCUUCAGGUCACUAACCUGAAGACGUUCAAGUCUGGAGUUGUGACUGUGUGUGCCUGUGUUUACAUGUGUGUGUCCAUCUCUGGGUAUGAGGGAGGGUGGAUGACCUGCUCAGAGAGAAGAUGGAAAUGUGCAGAGCCAAGCAGAGACCAGAGGGAGACCAGAAGCCUGGAGAAUGGAGGGCAGGUGCUUCCGGGGCCUGCUGUCCUUUUCUUCCAGGCCAUUCUCUCUCAAAGCCCAACAUCCGCAUUCCUUCCUUUGGGUCCUGUGAGAUCCCCUCGUCAGGAUGCAUUCUAUUAUUUUGCUUAAGCUUAUUUGAGUGGCUAUCUAUGACUUGCAUCCCAUCUCUGAAGAAGUUGAAUGUUUAGAUACUAAAGCACCAUGUUUCUUGCAUUUUAGUCAUUUGUAUACAUGCCUUCAUACACGGUUUUUCAAUAUCCAUAUGCCAUCUGUAUGUUUUCUUAAUAAAUAUUUUCUCUAAAUUGA